CGGCAAAAGACAGAUCUUCAUGUCGCUCAAGUUGGUCUCGCUUCUGCUCGUCGCGCUGCCGGCGUCUGCCCUUCCGGUGCCCUUUCUCCUCUCGCCCUUUGGCGAACCCGAUCCGACGCUCCCAUACUCGUUUGGCGAACCCGAUCCGACGCUCCCAUACUCACGGCCCUUUGGCGACGCCGAUCCGACGCUCCCAUACUCGCGGCCGAGCAAGGUGCCUCACCGCGCGUUGGAGGACUUGGUGCCCAACGGCGGGUUUUGCGGGCUCACGGAGACGUUCGGCGCUGACUGUGAGGGCCAAGUCCACGUCAUGCCCGGCGGCUCCCCUGAUUCGGCGACCGUGGUGUGGACAGGUUCGGCCGAACUUGCGUUCGUUACAUUGAACUGCCCUUCGUUCGACAGCCCGCGGAAGUUCCGCUCGCAGCAAGACACGUACUCUCAGCUGAUGAACAUUCGGGUGACUCACCUGGUCGGAGAGGAAGGAAUCGGCGAGCCGACAACGAACCGCGAGUUUCUCGCGUCGCUUCAAAACACCAACUUCUCGGCGGACGCCUGGGCAUCUAAGAUGCCGUGGAACCCGUUCCAGCCAGGCCUCUCGGUCGUCGGGGGUAAGUUCCCCACGGACCCAUUCAGGGAGCCGUCGGUGAGCGACGCGAGCACCUACGGCGGCCUCCUCUUGUACAAGAUCCAGCGUUCGGUCGGCUCUGUCUCUGGAAGCUACUACCAGUCGCCCAUCAUCCACAAGGCAAACGUCAGCGGAAUAGAGCCUGGCGAGACGUGCGGGUACACCAUCGGCACGAUUGACGACAGCUCCACGCUGGGGUCGACAUAUUCCUUCCGCCAACCGCCCGCUCCAGGGCGCAUGUACCCCUACAAAGUAGGUCUCGUCGCCGACAUGGGACAGACUAGCAUCUCGGAGCAGAACAUGCAGAUCCUCCUCGACUCGCUCGAGAGUGAGGAACACUCGCCCGUAAUCAUCUUCGGCGGCGACCUGGCAUACGCGGACGGCUUUCUCCCCCGCUGGGACUCGUGGAGCUUCAUGAUGCAGCCGCUCAUGUCCAAGAUUCAGGUCAUCACGACGGCGGGCAACCACGAGGUGGGCGACGGCGAGCACUUCGUAAGCUACUUUGCCCGCUUCCCGCAGCCGUUCCGCGAGUCGGGCUCGACCUCACAGCUCUGGUACUCCAAGGAGGUGGGCCCGAUGCACGUCGUCAAUCUCUGCUCGUAUGCGGCCACCUUCAACGGCUCCUUCCAGUACGACUGGCUCGUCGCGGAUUUGGCGUCGGUAAACCGCAGCAAAACGCCAUGGCUCAUCGCCAAUUUUCACGGCGAGCGCGCUCCUUGGUACAACUCGAACAAAAAGCACCAGGGCGAGGCCGAGCCCAUGCGUCUCGACAUGGAGGAGCUGCUCUACGAUGCGGGCGUCGACAUCGUGAUCAACGGCCACGUCCAUGCCUACGAGCGGUCGGUGCCCGUGUACAACGCUUGCCUGAACGAAUGCGCGCCCAACUACGUUGUCAUCGGCGACGGUGGCAACUACGAGGGCGCCAGCACGCAGUGGAUCCAGCCGCCGCCGUGGUCAAAGGUGCGCGAGUCGUCUUUCGGUGUUGGGUUCCUCACCAUCAUCAACGACACGCACGCCUUUUACAACUGGUCGCGCUCCGCCUGCCAGUCCAAGGAUGCCGACGCCCACUUUGUGGAUCUGGACGGAGCAGGCUGUUCAGGGGGGCUCAACAAAGGCUCGACGCAGUUUUCGUCCGACUCGACCUACUUUGUUCGCGAGGAGCCGAGCAUGCGCAAGCCCGAGCAUAACCCGUCGUGCCCGGAUAAGAAGCGCAAGCCGUGCGGCGGUGCUGGAGGCCCGGCCUUCCCGCCGUACCCACCGCGGCCGCCGCCAUCGCCUCCGACUCCGCCGGCGCUGCCGUCGCCGCCGUCGCCUCCCGAUCCUCCAGCACCCCCGCCGCCAGUGCAGUGCGGUGACAACCAUGGCUGCGCGGAAGGCUCGACCUGCUACUGUGAGUACAAGAACAACUCUCACGGAACCCGCAGCGUGCUCUUCUCGAGUCUGCCGCCGGAUUCGCGCGGAUGCUUCUGCUUCCAAGACGAAGCGUCGCCUGACGACGACAUGGUUGGUGGCGAGCACGCGUCCCCCCAAGUGAAGGCCAAGAUCAAGAAAAUGCGCAACCGGCUCGAAAUGUUGAUGAAGCACUGCGCCGUAGUGAUCCAAGCCGCCGAUGCGCAGGGCGCCCCUAUCGCGGAGGUGGACCCUUCUUGCGAGUGA